AUGCUCGCCCUUCUUUUCAUCCUCCUCCUGCCCGCAGUCGCGGUCGCCCUCACCAUCUAUACCCCCGACCAACCAAUCGUCUCGGCCUCGACAUUCAUCAUCAGAUGGAACGCCGUAUACGGCGACGUACCAAACUUCACCGUCGAGCUCGUCAAUGCCGCCUUCAACCACCAGUACGCCAUUGCGAAUAACGUCAAUUCCGGCAAUGGAGAUUCGGAACUGACAAUUCUUUUGCCGGCGAUCUUGCCUGGGCGAGUGCUUCGAUCGGAUGGAUUCACGCUCCAGCUGGUGAACCCGUGGGAUAUCAACGACGUAUAUACCGAGUCGGGACAGUUUGCGGUUGCGAGUGUUCCGUCGACCACGACGACUGGGAAGAGCUCGACAGGCGCGUCAGGAUCGACUACUACGAGUGCGAGCGCCAGCACGAUGGCCUCUACCACGAACAGCUCGUCGAGCUCCAGCUUGGGCGUUACUCACUCCGGUACCAUUACCACCCAUAGUAGUACAUCCUCCGCCACGUCUUCCUCUGCUUCGGCUCCAAGCAAGCACCUUGGGCAGUCCUUCAACGCUGCUACCAGUGCUCGUUCAGGCUUCAAUAUGGAUAUCGCCGGAGCGUUGGCUGCGGUAUUGGGGUACAUCAUCACGUUGUGAUUUCUCACUUUUUCCUUUCAAUACUUCCCCCUCAUUCCCUAUGUCGCUUAAAGCACGCAUAUAGCCACGUCCAAGUUCUGAAUAAUAC